AUGGGUGGAUCAACCCAUUUCUCUGUUUUCUUACUCGUCGCAAUAAUUUUACUCUGUUCUUCCAGCAAAACUGUAAAUGCAACUUGUUAUGCAAGUGAGAAACAAGCUCUUAUGGACUUCAAGAAAGACUUGAAAGAUCCCUUUGGUAGACUCUGGUCUAGGAUUCACGACGUUGAUUGCUGCAAAUGGGAAGGAGUUGUUUGUAGCAACCGAAGUGCCCACGUGAUUCAACUUCACCUUCAGAGUCCGGUUCGUGUAAUUGAUGAUUUUGGUGAUGAGGAAAAAUCACCAUUAAGCGGUAAAAUCAGUCAUUCGUUACAAAAUUUGACUCACUUGCGUUACCUUGAUCUAAGUCUAAAUAAUUUCAGUGGAAUUCCAAUUCCCAGUUUUGUUGGGUCUCUCAGAAGUCUGAGGUACCUGAAUUUAUCUGGAGCUGGAUUUCAAGGAAUGGUUCCCUAUCAGCUUGGAAACCUGUCAAGUUUACGAGCUUUAAGCAUAGGAGGCCAAUCUUCAAGUUUACGCGAUCUGUCCGAUCUUCAAGUUGAUAACCUGCAAUGGUUGGCUGGUCUCUCGAAUCUGGAGCACCUAGACAUGAGUGGCGUGAACCUUAAGAUACAUGUCUUUCAUGCCGACUUUUCUUCUCUUACUGUCCUAGAUCUUUCUGGAAAUUUUCUUGGACACCUCAUCCCUAAAUGGAUUUUCGGUCUUACUGCCCUUGCUUCUCUUGAUUUAAGUGAUAACUCGUUUGAAGGCCCAUUGCCCAGAGAUCUUUGGAACUUAACUUCCCUCAAGCACUUGGAUCUUUCUUCGAACCAGUUGAAUGGUUCACUGCCAGAUGAGCUUAUUCAUCUUAACAAUCUCAUUUCUCUCAACCUUGGGGGGAAUCAAUUCAAAGGCUUCUUGGAUGGAAUUUGGAAUUGGAGUUCCCUUACAUCUUUGGAUCUAUCAGCGAAUAACUUCGCUACCUUCCUCCCAAGCCAAUUAUCCAUUUUAACUGCCCUAAUUUCACUUGAUCUUAGCCUCAAUCAGUUUCGAGGUUCUAUCCCAAGCUCUAUUGCCAACAUUUCCAACCUUCAACGUCUUGAUCUAUAUGAUAACAACCUUAGCUCCUCUUUACCAAGUGAAUUAUUCACAUCAAAGGGCUUGAUUACACUUGAUGCGAGCAGUAAUCACUUAAAUGGUCCAAUUCCAAGCACAGUUGGCAACUGUACCAAGCUAGAAUACCUUUCGCUCUGUGAUAAUGCUCUAUCUGGUUCAAUUCCAUCAAAUUUAGGAAGAUGUACCAAGCUAGAAUACCUUUCGCUCUGUUAUAAUGCUCUAUCUGGUUCAAUUCCAUCAAAUUUAGGAAAACUGUCAUCCUUGGAGCACUUGGAUGUAUCUCACAUCAAACUCACUGGAACUCUUCCUGAAAGUCUUUGGCAGCUUUCCAAACUUAAAGAGCUUCGUAUUCACGACAAUUCAAUGGAAGGCAUUGUGAGUGAGAGUCACUUAGAUAAACUGACAGCUUUAAGGAUUUUUGAUGCAUCUAGAAACUCCUUGACCUUAAAAGUACGUGCAAGUUGGACUCCUCGUGCCCAAUUUGAAAUACUUAAAUUGAGCUCGUGGAAGUUGGGUCCCCAAUUUCCUACAUGGAUCCGGUCACAAAAAAUCCUCUAUUACUUGGACUUGUCCUUUGCAGGAAUUUUAGAUACCAUCUCACCUUGGCUAUUCAACUCACCAUUGGUAUAUGUAGACCUUUCUCACAAUCAAGUCCAUGGAGGCAACUCUCACAUUUUGUGUGAAGUCAAGAAUAAAAAUCCAGUUCUUCGGUAUCUGGAUCUUCGGGAGAAUUCUCUGUCAGGAGAUAUUCCUGACUGUUGGAUGAAUUACCCAUUCAUGUAUCACAUCGACCUCAACAGCAAUAACUUCACUGGAAGCAUUCCAAGGUCAUUGUUUCAUUUGGAAGAUCUGGAUUAUUUAGGCUUGGGUAACAACAGCCUCACUGGUCCGAUAACCUUUGACUCUAUCUUUGGAUCAUACUGCCUGGUUGUGGGGACGACGGACGGGAGGUGGAGGAACGGUGGUGUUUCCUUGAGCUGGACUGAGCUGCAGGGUUCUGAAAAUCGAAGCAGUACAGGCGGUGGGAUCUGUGGUCAUGGAGCGAAUAGAGGAGGUGUUGAGGAAAUUCUCCCUGUCGGAGAAUGA